AUGAGGAGAAGGUCCAGGAACGAGCGGCUUAGCGUCAGGCACACGCAGGAUCUUAUAUGCAAUCAAGCAACCUCUAUGGCGAUGACAAGCCUCGAAGCGACUAUCAAUGAUGAGAAACUCCCAUUGGCCUCUGAUUUUGGUCGACAGUGUGAAGCCGAUGUUGAAAGCGAAAGUGGGUCACGUGGGACGAGAAAGCGAAGUUCGCUUACUACGCCGAAACCAAUUCCGAGCCUGACGCGCGUGAAGGACCUCGCUGUCACUGAAGUCUCAGAAUCACUUGGCAUUCGUGUCGGCAUGUUGGGAAGUGCGCCUGAUCUAAGGUCGCUGAUGCCACAGGCUCAUUACUACCGACUUGCUUUACUCAUCGCUGUAGUACUACUACUCCUUCGCAUUCUCUAUGCAACGGUCCUAUAUCCUCGCUUUUUCACUCCGUUGUGGCGCAUACCAACUCCAAACGGUCACUCAUUCAGCAAAGGGACGCAUGCACCUUCGAGUGCCACAUCCCUUUCGGCACGCCUUCGUCACUGGAGUACGACAGUGCCCAACAGCGGCCUGCUCCGCUUCUACAUGCGCGGGUAUCAGGAGCGGGUGCUAGUGACCAGCCCCAAAGCACUCAAUGAAAUUUUGGUGUCCCAGGCUUACGGCUUCACCAAACCCGCCUCGGUUAAGAAGCGUCUUUCGUACAUCACGGGCAACGGCUUGCUUGUUUCCGAUGGCGAGAUCCACAAGGCGCAGCGUAAGAGCCUCAUGCCGGCAUUCUCCUUCCGCCAUAUCAAGGACUUGUACCCAAUAUUUUGGUCCAAAGCAAGAGAGUUGUCAGAACGUCUCAAGGACGAAGUAACCGGAUCCCACGAAAUCGCUCAGCCAAUUUUUCAUGCGCAUGCGCCCAAAGUCCUCUCGGAUCGACGCUCUCUUCGCCUUGUCGGUCGCCAUAUUCUCAAAGAAUGCUAUAGCAAUUCUGUCAAAGUUGCCCGAUUACGCAGAGGAAGCAGGUGCAAUCAGCCUCAGACCAUAUACGGAACCUAUGCCGCAGGAUUAUCGAUGACAAAAGAGCAAAAGAGCACCGCUUUCACAAACGAAAACUUGGUCGACCAGAUGAUGACUUUUAUUGCGGCUGGGAACGGCACUACUUCUGACGCUCUUCAGUGGGCAGUGUACACUCUCUGCAAGCAUAAGGAUAUCCAGACACGCUUGCGUGAAGAAGUCCGCGCCAGACUUCCGUCUAUGAGCAACAGCAACUUCGUCCCGUCGGCUGAUGACCUGGAUCACCUUCCUUACCUCCACGCUUUCUGCAAUGAGGUGCUUCGCUGUUAUCCAUCAGUGCCAAGCACAGUCCGCGAGGCCAUGAGCGAUACUACCGUGGCUGGAUACCAUAUUCCGAAGGGCACCAUAUUCACCAUCGCUCCUGCUGUCCAGAAUUUUGAUGUCGAUCUCUGGGGACCAGACGCGGCCACUUUCAAUCCCGAGCGUUGGAUGCAGGAAGGUUGCGCAAACACUGGAGGGGUGCGCAAUCACUACGGUUUCAUGACCUUUCUACAUGGACCUCGAAGCUGCAUCGGCUCAACAUUUGCCAGAUCAGAGCUCGCUUGUUUAGUGGCUGCCAUUGUGGGAACAUUUGGCUUGGAACUGGAGGAACCUGACAAAGAAGUCGAAAGGCCCAGGAAGGCUUUAGCGCUGGCCCAGCAGAUGGCCUCAGGGCGAGAUUCACAAUUAUCGAUGGGUGGUAGAGCUGGCCUGCGACGCUUCACCUGCUUCCACUCGAAUCCACUGUGCAUCAAGGCCCGGAAAAUCUGUGCGGUCGAUCCGUCAUUCAAGCGCACAAGACAGAGGGAGUAUGCCUCACGCCUUGCUGCAAUUGAAAAGGAGCUGCGAGAGACCAGGCAGGAUCUGAAUGAUCGUCGGCAUCGCGAUCAAACGAUUGGCGAAGGCGAUGGCACCGACGGUCCGCCAGAAACCGACUCAAGCAUACGAGAUACAAUAUCAGAUGCAGCUUCCACCUGCGGCACGACCGUAUCCGCCGUUGAUCUCGGGCCCUUCACUGGAUCAAUUGCAGGGGUUCAACUUCAACCACAACUUGUCCAGGAGCUCUUGAACAAGUAUUAUGCGAGAUAUCAUCCGUUUUGCCCCAUCUUGCCCAGGCCUUGUGGGUUUGUACGAUACUGCGAGUCGUGUCCGCUCCUUUUCUGGACGGUGCAAGUCAUUGCUCUGAGAGGGUGCCACGAGCAUGACGAGCUUUACGUCGAUGUUGUGAACGGAGUCCGUGCCAUGUCAUUCGAGACGAUGCGACCGGCAAAUUGGUCUCUUCAGGCCAUGCAGGCCCUGCUGCUUCUUUGCCAUUGGCCACUUCCGUACGAGAAGCAUGACGAUCCUUCUCUCUCCCUGAUUGCAAUAGCAACUCAGAUGGGGUUUCGGAUGGGGUUGCAUCGUCCAGACCACACCUUCGAGUUUAUGGUUGACUCUCACUCCCAUAUGGAGUUGGACAUCUUUCGACGGAGGACGUGGGUGGCCUGCUUCGUCAUGAAUGUUGGAAUAAACGGUGGUGCCGGCCUGCCAGCUAUAGCACAGCUAGAUCAUGGACUUCUGGAGAUACUAGCUACCAGACCAGACUGGCUCCCGGACUCGCUAUAUCAUCAGCUGACUCUCUCGCGGCAAGCUUUCAACAUCUGCACGACUCUAGGGACUUGCGAAUCCUCCAAUACCGGCUUAUUACCCUCACCGAGGCCGGUCAUUAGCAAUUUCGAACGUGAGUUACGAGCUCUUGAGCAUCGUUUCUCCUCUUCGUGGUCAACGACCGAGUUUAUCGUCCUGAAUGCAUACCGAAUGAUACUGUACACAUUCGCGAUCUCUUCGGAAACUGCGGAGAACGACUCUUCCACCAACUCCAUCUCGGAUUGGAUUGUCCAAUGCUACAUGGCUGCCGUCAACAUCAUACGAAUGGCUUCAGGCAGCCAAGAAGAGCUUCGAUAUGCUCCAAUCCGCAUACAAAAGAUGGUUAUAAACGCCACAUGCUUUUUCUGGCUGUUGCACACUUCGAGGCAUUGCCAUCUGGUCGACGAGAAUGUGCUUUGCGACGGGAUGAGUCAAGGGAGGCAGAUCCUGGGAAACUUUUCGGUCGACGCUUGCGGCCUCAUGUCCCGCGCUUGCAAGCUCAUUGACCAGGUGAGCAAGUCCUCGGAGGCGGAUAAUCGCAGUGAAGCAUUCCUGCGUGUCAGGUCCAGGAUGGGUGCAAACCUCGCCUUGAGCGCAGUCCUCCGUGCAAGAGAGUGUAGAGUAACGGCUCAAGAGGGUAACCCAGUGGAGGACGUGGUUCAUGGGAUCGACUUUUCAAGUGACGACUCAGUCUUUGCGGAUGUCGACUGGGAACGACUCUUUAGGGACUUUGCAACGUGUGCCAGCGAAUAG